AUGGUAGUGAAGGUACCACCCUGUGCAUCCGCGCCCUGUGAGUUUACGUUUAAUCUGUUUCUAUUUGUCAUGUCCGCUCCAUCGCAGUGCACAUCCAUACCAAAUUGGAAACUACUCUCGCUGCUGUUACUGAUCUUAUUUCGAAAUGAUACAACAGCAGAGCGGCGGAUGGAAAGGGAGCAAGGAAGAGGGGGAAAAUUAGAACCGGAAGAGCGGAACUGA